GUGUAUCACUUCAGAUGCUCAGACAGAAUUUAAAAUGCGCUCCUCCGCCUUGUCACCACUGUUGUGCGCAUUUUCUUGACGAGCUCGUGUUCCCACAGCAUGGUGCUCGGACUCAGAGGCUCAGCACUGCUUUUCUCCAUCACCAACCGCUAAACUCUCACGGACACCUAAUUAGAGAGCAGGGCACCUGUCCCCCCCCACCUUCAGAGAAGAGAUGCAGGCGGUGGGCAGUACCCAGAAAGGCUCUCACCGGGCCUUCAGCGUCCUGGAUCGUCUGCUGAUAACACAUCCUGUGUGGCUGCAGCUGUCACUCAACAAAGACUCCGCCCUCUACAUCCUGCUCAGAGAGCCUGUUGGGACCUUUUUGGUGCGAAAAUGCAGCUCCAGCCAGAGGAAGGUGCUGUGUUUUAGGGUGACAGCCGAUAAAAGUGCCUCCUCUGUAAAGGAGUGCUUCAUCUGUGAGGAGGACUCCACAUUCGCCUUGGAGAGCUCAGCACUCAGCUUCCCUGACCUGUGUCGACUCGUGGCCUUCUACUGCAUCAGCAGAGAUGUGUUGCCAUUCCCACUAGAGCUACCUGAUGCCAUCGCUAACGCCACAACACACAGGCAGCUGGAGGCCAUCUCACACAUGGGACAAGAUUUCUGGAACGCGCCGAGUGCUUCAGAGAUCCAAAAUGGACCAGUGGACCCAGUUCCAUCAACCAGCGGCAGUAGCCAGGGUCCGAAGUCAGUGACCCUGGAACAAUGUACCCUGUUGACACAGGGCAGACAGGGCAAACUUUGCUUUAUCAACCCGCUCUUCCUACAGCUGGAGGUUGCCAAGCAGCCGCAACUCGUAAACCACAGUGCCUCCAAUAAACGGCACCGCUUCAAGCGCAGCAUGCGGCUCCGGCUCUCCGAGUCCUCCAUGAAUCUGUCGCUCGAGGGGAUUGGCUCCUACUCCCCUCCUUCGUCCUUGGACAGGCCCACGGAGUCGGAUAUGCUGCACAAGGCCGGCUCACACCAACAGAGAAGAGUCCACCCCGGGGCAGGGGUCUUGAGGAGAACCCCUGCUGUGUCACCUGGCUCUGCAGAAGAAGAGGAUGUGUCUGUCCAUGUGCCACAAACAUCUACAAAGAACGAGGAGUCUCCACAGCCCCAGCAGGCCGCCCGAGCAGCGGGGCCAGGCACCGAGGUGUCUGCUCUGGCCCUGGAGCGCCGCCCGGCUCCGUCCUUGGCUGAGCUCGACAGCAGCAGCUCCUUCAGCAGCAUGGACGAGGACAAUGACUCAGAUUCGGAUCCAGAAAGCGUGGCUCGAUCCCACACUUACAUGUACCCGCGCCCACCACUGGUGCGCUCCAGAGGCCGCGGCGGGCUGCACCGUAUGAGCGAGGCAUUCGUGUGCUUCUUUGCUCCUGAUAAGCGGCUGACACGAUUGGUCGAGGAGCUGUCCAGAGACAGGCGCUCCUCCUUUGGCAGCAUGGUUCAGGACUUCCUCCUUGCACAGAGAGAGGUGCUCAAAAACAUAGCCUCCUCCUCGUCCUCGUCGUCAUCCCGCGUGACCUCAGUGCAGCUCCUGCAGGGUCUGCGCCUGUUUUUGUCCCAGGCAAGGUGCUGCCUGCUGGACAGCGGAGAGCUGGAGCCUCCCAUUGAGACACUUGUGCCGAGAAUGAGAAAGGAUCUGGCGUUGGAGCGGGCCAUGUUCUCCUGCGUGCUAAGGCCUCUGCGGUCCCCCCUCGAUAAAGCUCUGGUUGAGUUGCACAAUCAGGACGGCUCCAGCCAGCGUCUCAACCAGAACCUCCUUCACCUGAAGGGAGACGCAGCCAUGGAGCGGCUCGGCGUGAGGACCGGCGUCCCUGACAGCCGCGAGGUGGAGAGGGUGAAGCAGAAGCUCGUCCUGAUGCAGCGUACGCACUCACCCAUCGACAAAGUGCUGCUUCUGCUGCAAGUGUGCAAGUGCGUCCACAAGGCCAUGGGGUCCUUACAUGGCCAGGAAGUAAGCUGGGAUGACUUUCUGCCAUCACUGUCGUACGUGAUUGUGGAGUGUAACAAGCCUCACAUCCUGAUCGAGGUGGAGUACAUGAUGGAGUUGCUGGAGCCCUCCUGGCUCGGAGGAGAGGGUGGAUACUACCUGACUAGUGUUUAUGCCAGCCUGUGUCUGAUCCAGAGCUUAGACAGGGAGCAGCCGAUGUCAGGCUGCCUGACUCCAGAGGCUCAGGACGCACUCAAAGAGUGGAGCUGCAGACGAAGCCGAGAAGCCCAGAGACAAAAGGAGACCCAGCAGAACCAAAGGUGCGUUCGGAUACUGUUCCAGGACGGGGAGCGGAGCGCCGUGCGGACGUUGCAGUGGAGAGCCGGAGAGACCAGCGAGGCCCUGGCGCAGCUGUGUGCCGCCACCUUCGAAGUGUCCGACCCGCAGCAAUACACCCUGUACUGGCGCAGCGGCGGCGAGAUGCGGGCCCUGCCGCCUCAGGCCCAGCCCCAGGACCUGGCCAGCCACAGCGAGGGAGGCCCGUCGCUCUCCUACCUGAGGACCGACCACGACUUCAGCAAGAUGCGGCGGCUCACCCGAGGUGGUGCCGUGGACCUGAGCGAGUCGGUGUGUGAGGAGUGAGUGGGAGGCACUGGUGAGGGAGGAGGGGGAAGGAAGGAGGAGGAGGAGGAGAUGAUGGAUGGUUGCUCUCGCUUUCUCUCUCU